CACACUUCUUCUCACCUUCUCUCUUCUCUCUGUGUUCCUCUUGGCUACUGCACCGCAGUCUAAGUAUAUAAAAGACCAAUACAAGCAGCAGCCAGAGAGCAGAGAUCGAAGAAUGCAAAAGAUGGGUGACACCGUCAAUCCAAUACGCUACCAGCAAUCAGCCUUCCCUCCAAUGGAUCUCUCUAUUGAGCUUGGCCACCAACAAGGCGCUUCUAAAUGCUUCGACGAUGAUGGCCGCCUGAAGAGAACAGGUACUAUGUGGACUGCGAGUGCGCAUAUUAUCACUGCAGUUAUCGGGUCAGGUGUGCUAUCGCUGUCUUGGGCCAUUGCACAGCUCGGAUGGGUAGCUGGCCCUGCCGUCAUGGUCCUCUUCGCCUUUGUUAUCUAUUAUACGUCAGCUUUGCUCGGAGAUUGCUAUCGCUCCGGUGAUCCUAUCACUGGAAAAAGGAACUACACUUACAUGGAUGCAGUCCAUGCCAACUUCGGUGGGAUUAAGGUCAAGAUAUGUGGAUGGAUUCAAUACACAAGUCUCUUUGGAGUCGCCAUUGGCUAUACCAUUGCUGCUUCCAUAAGCAUGCUAGCAAUCCAGAGAUCGAACUGUUUCCAUGAGAACGGAGACGACAGCCCUUGUCGCAUGUCGAGCAAUCCUUACAUGAUAAUGUUUGGUAUUGUCGAGAUUUUGUUCUCGCAGAUUCCUGACUUCGACCAGAUUUGGUGGCUUUCUAUCGUUGCGGCUGUGAUGUCAUUCACUUACUCUUUUAUCGGUCUUGUUCUGGGCAUCAUGCAAGUAGCCUCUAAUGGAGUUGUCAAGGGAAGUCUUACUGGCAUCAGCGUAGGGACCGUGUCGGAAAUGGACAAGGUGUGGAGGAGCCUGCAGGCAUUUGGGGACAUUGCUUUUGCUUACUCCUACUCCAUCAUCCUAAUUGAGAUUCAGGUACUUUUGCAAUCUGAAUGAAUUCAAAGACUUCACACUGUACAAAAUGUUCUAGGACUUAUUUCAUCUAGAACAAGAAUCCUUUAU